AUGGAAGAGCAAUUACAUCCAGCUGUUUCAACAGUUUCAACUGAAGACGACGUUGUUUUAGAAAGUAAAAGUUCAUCAAACUCCCCAAAAGAACAACCAAUUUCAGAUGAAAGUAAAAGCUUUGUCACUUUAAAGAAUAAAAUAGAAGAUACCCUUAAAGAUUUUAAACUUCAAGAAGCUGCUCCAGUAUCUGUCGUUUCUUUCAUUGGAUUUUCUCAGUCAGAAACAACUUCGAAACUUCAUUUAAUUGCAAACGCUAUAGUAGAAAAGAAUGUAUUUGGUCAGAUACCUAAUGAAAAAACUAAUUCUAAUCGACCGAAAGGAGCUAUUUUGUUGAUAUCAAAUGGGAAUAAUUGCGGACUAUGGAUGUAUUGUGAUGCAUCCAAGAAUAUCGUGUAUUUACUUAUCGAUUCAGUUAAUGAAAGCGAAACCAUGUUACAACUUUGGGAAACUUCUCGGUUAACAAUUGAAACCGAGCAAGAUUUUCAAAAUUGGAUAUGGAAACACGAACACGUUUAUUUACGAAUGCUCGUAUUUAUGUUUAUGCUAUCUCACGUAGUGGUGUUCACGCAACCAAUAUCUAAACUAGAUGGAAAUAUGGUCUCACUUCUCAAAACAAUACAUUCAGUUAAAAGACAUAUUUUACCUCAUGCAACCAAUUUUUUGAAUUUGUGCUGGCAGAGUUUUGAAAUACCAUCCCCUUAUGGGUCAUAUUCUAAUGGUGUAUACAGUGGAAGAGGGUGGACGGCGCAGGGUGGUGUGACGGCACCUGGGCGUUGUGUUCCUUUUCUUCUUUUCUUAUUUCAAGAGGUGCAAUUGUCUAUUUCUUCAACUGAUGGACACAAAACAGAUUCUAUUCAUGAUAAGGCACCUUCAGGUAGUAUUAAAAGGAUCAAAGAAUCCUUGCAGGCUCGUAUUCGGUUCUUAUUUCGUGCAUGUCACCUUAUGCAAACUAGUGAUAUACAUGCACCAUUCGACGGCCGUCAACUAUUUACUCUUCCUCCCCCUUCCAGUCAGUUUUUCGUACAUCUAAUUACACGUGGUUCUACUGGCAAUUUAUUAUCGUCCGAUUCAAUAACUCCUUUAAUGUCUAAAGCUCAAGAGAAUAAGAUUGAUAUUGAUUAUUUACUAAGAAAACGAAAAUUAGAGUCCCGGGGCGCUGAACAUUUUGAAAUUAAAUUGUUGAGAGAAUUUGCACAUAGUUGGGUUAAAUGGACUGUUAAUGGAUACUCAAGAAAUUUUGUUAAACGAGGGAUGCCACCAAGCGAGCUCCCUAAUGUCAGCCAAUGGAUGUCUGGAUGUAUUGCGUUACAAGAGUUAUUAUUUGGACAACUUGGGAAAGAAAUUUUAGAUCGAAAAGAACGAAAAAGUUUUAGUGCUGUUGAUGAUAUUCUUCAGAGACGUUUGAAAGACUGUUUGCAAGUGGAUAAUAGAUUUUCAGCGGGUCAUUGUUCUCAAGCUUUGAGGAAGGCAAUUGAUAACUAUUCGUUGGAAUCUCCUGCUUAUUACAAUAAACAAUAUCAUGAAAUGAAGCUAGAGCACGCCAUUCGGUUUUUCAUGUCAACUACACGUGGACCAUGCGUUCAAGAUUAUGUUCAAAAACUAAGAAAUGAAUGUCAAAGCAUUUGGGAAAAUGGAAGACAAAAAGGUGAAAAGGAGGUAUACAGAAGCCAUGAUUAUGUACCUGGAGUAAGUGUUUGCUUUAAUCUCAAAUUAUAG